UCGAGCGUCUUUUCUUUCGGGGAGAUCCGUAACGGUAGGGUGGAACAAACCCGGCACUGCCGCCAUGUAGCUAAACGGCCCGAACUCCUCGGGCCACUGGCCCAUUGACCCCCUCCUUCUGAAACCCCGCGCGCCAUUGUGGCUGCUUAUAAGUUCGAAGGAAAAUUGCAAGCAAGAGUUCAUUAGUCGUGAUCGCCUUCUGCCGAUAGAGUUGCGCUCGAGAUCAUCAGUGAAAAAAUUCCUACUUCGCCUGCGGUGCCCUCCAUUCUUUGGUUCGCCCGAGAAGAUGUCGUCGCUAGGCGCUCCUCCGCCGUCGAAGAGAAGGAAGAUAAGCAAGGCUGAAAAUUCCGUGUGUAACAAGAAAGAAUUGAAGCGUCCGUUCUGGAAAAUCGAUGAUGGGAAGGUUCUUGAAGCAGCAAGAGGAGGAUCGCAGGAUGUGAAUGUGCCGUUUUAUAGAGCAAAUGAAGUGACUUUACCAGACAAGAAAGUCAGGAAAAUUGAAAAAGUUUGGAGCGAUCCUAAGCAAGGAGCCACCGGCAUGCUGCAAACUUGUCAAAGUUAUAUAAAGAAAGAUAAAGAGGACAUGGCUAAAGCAGGCUGUUCAUCCCAUCAUGAUUACUCGAAGCACAGAACAAAGCACUCAAGCAACCACUGCUCUUCGUUGAAGACAAUAAAUCUUAAAGAUCUAUUACCCAAAAGUAAAUUCCAUUCUGUUAGAAAGAGGACUCCAUUUUCAUACAAAGUUGAGCAUAGAAGGACUGGUGCUAGUUUAUAUUCAUCUGAUGGGCUUGUUUCGGAAUCGAAGUGGGGUGCUGCUGCCAAUAGGAGAAAAAUUCUUGCUGUACCAAUAUCUGUGGGAGCAGCUCAAAAUGGAACUUCUCCAUUAGUCUCUCAAAAUUUGGGGAGAGCAGCGACUGAAAGUGAACUUAUUCCUGUUUGUGGAGUUAAAAGAAAGGGCUCUACGUUGGAUGGUGGAGGCUUGGACAUAAAAAGAAAAAUCACAAAAGCAUAUGUGAGAAAUAAGAACCGGGAACCUUUCUUCAAAGAUGACAUGCCUGAUCUUUAUGCUCUGCAUCUGCUGGCAGAUACAGCUCUGAAUCUUGGACCAGAGCCAAUCUUCGAUGAUAAUGUCAAAAAACAAGAAGGGGAAUCUAGGCAAAGCUAUAAUGAGCAUGAACCAUUAUCAACUAACAGCAAAAGUCAUUCCUCCCAAGUCAAUGCUGAAAGAAAUGUAGGGGAGGGAUCCACAUCAGAAGCUGCUUCUGUUAUUGAUUUGCAGUCAGAUAAAGUUCCCCUCAACGCAAAUGUUCUCCCUGAAGCAAAUCAGUUAAUUUGUACAUCUAUUGAUGAGAAACAGAAUUUCAAUGAGGAAUUGAUGAAGAAGGAUGAGGAAUUGAUUUCAAAUAAUAAUGUCACUACCAAUUCACUUAUGACUGGAUUUCAAGUUGCCAAGGAGUCACAUGAGGUUGCAACCAAUGCUGAUCAAAAGGCCGAUGGAGUUGAAAAUGAAUGCAUUGAUUGUCAAAGUUCAAUGCGCACCCAACCUUCUACAUUGGAAGGCUUUCAAACAGGGAGAUCAAAUUUUGAAGAUGUGACUAAGUUGUCUUGUGCUCCUAGUACAAAGAUUCUGCAGGACGCAUUUACGCCUGAACAUGAAGAGAGAAUUGUUGAAACCAUUGUGGAAAAAUAUGGUAUAGAUUUGAAAAGGGACUCUGAAUGUUUUAAGGAACCGCAUCCGGUGUUUGUCUCAGUAGAGUCUGUUUUCCAUGAUAAGGCUUCCUCUGCAUGUUGCGAACUGGAGCUUUGCAGCACUUCCCAUGAAAACUCUCAACCUAGACCUUUGGCAUGCAUGGAAACACCACAGAAGUCCGACGGAUAUCCUAGCUCCUCAAAUACCAAGAGCCUUUUCGAUAGAAGUGUGGAAGAGUCACUAAACUAUAAGGGAUGCUCUAGCUCCUUUAAUACCGGUACGUCUAGAGAUCAAAGUCCAGGCUACCGUGUGAGAGAAAUAGUGCAGAGUUCCAAAUUGGAAGCAACUAGAAUGGUUGAUGCAGCUAUAAAGGUACUGUCCUCAACGAAAGUAGGAGAUGAUGCUUAUGCAAUGAUUGGAAAAGCCUUAAAUCCAGCAGGAAUUCAGCAGGUUGGAGCUCAUACCAGAAUAUCAAGAUUGCAAUCUUGUUCUUAUCUACAAAAUGGGGGUCCAGGAAACUAUCAUCAAGAUUUAUCAUGCAACCCUGCGGUGGUAGCAUCAAUAGCCCAUUCCAUUAAUUCAACAGUGCCAGCAUUCACCUUGAAUGACUCCCAAAGUUCUCCAAAGAUGAUUUCAGCCUGUGUUGCUGCUCUGCUAAUGAUUCAGGCAUGUAGCGACACAGGAUUACCGCCUGCUGAAGCCAUGGAAAUACUUGAACAAGCAGCGAAGGACCUGCAGCCCCAAUUCCCUCAAAACCUUCAUAUCUAUAGGGAUAUUGAGGAGCUUAUGGGCAUCAUUAAGACUCAGAUUCUGUCCCUGGUAAGAACACCAGGUUUAAACUUGCACUUGUAGUUGGCUUUGCUAAUCCAAGCAGAAUAACCUUAUGAGGUUCGUUAACUGCGAUGAUUAUACUUGUACAUGGCUUCUUACCAUUCUUAGAAUAUAACCUCAAAUUGGGUUAUUCUUUUAGGUCUGUACAUAGUAGAUUUAUAAUAAAGUUGUUUCAAACUUGCAGUAAACCUUUGCAAUAUUAGAGUUUAUUAUUGUCCA